AUGUAAGACUUAAACAGCAAGAACUUAGAGAAUUUGGACAAUAGUAGAUAAAUUAUCAACAAGAAAUCAGCUAUUAGAGAGUUAGAGUUCGAUGAGGCAUUAUUUUACAACAUAUUAGAUACUUUUGUUUCCACAACUAUUGAUAGAGUUGCAGAGAGAGUAGCAUUUUCUAUAAGUUAUGAUUACUAUCAGCAAGCAAUUGAUAACUUGAAUGGUCUAAUUGCCUCAUGUGAAUAUUUUCAAGGUCAUUAUUUGCAUGAUCAGUCUUUGGUAUUUAGAGCAUUACUAAAAACAGGGAAGAAAGAUGAAAUUUGUAAAGAAUAUCAACUGUGGAUUGAGUGUUUAGUGUACACUAAGAUAUAGGCAAUAAAAUUUCUGAAUGAUAAAAAAAUUCCUGGGUUUGAUAGCUCGGACAUAAUUUCUAUAGUUAAGUCGAUAGUUGUAUUAGAUGAGUACAUUAUAUUAACUGAUUUAGACACUGGUCACUUCUAUUGCUUAAAAGAGAAACAAACCAAGUCAUAAAGAAUUGAGGAGCUAUAGGCAAUAGGGGAAGCUAGAGAUCCAGGCAGAGAAAAAGACAUUGAUUGGAUUCUAAAAAAGAACAUCUUUAGUCCAUUGAAAUUCAAAUUUAAUGUAUCAGAUAUAAAGAUUUAAGACAUAGAAUGGGAUUAUACUAAGAUGAUGCCUCAGAUAGAAGAUGAUAAGAAUGUAAGCUGUGGCUGCUAAAUUGGGUCGACUUGCAGAAUCUUUUGA